AUGUCGAUCCAACGCAUUUUGUUUUCCAGAUCCUAUUACUGGAAGUACCUUGCGUUAGCUUGGCUAUUAUGUCUUGCCAUUUGGUGGACCUCUUACAGAGGACUCGACACUAGCUAUAUUCCAUCGGCACUGAAGCAGUCGCUCACAAAAAAGGAGCUCAUGACUGUCUUCUCGAUGUACCACCAGAGGCACCCAUCCAUGUCUCAUAUAACCACACGGUCUUCAGCUUACGACGAGGUGCUCAGUUCCAUCAGCAUGUUCGACUUUUUAAAAAAAUACCUGUUUGACCAAAGGUGUCUGAUCUACUUCAACCACUUGCUGAAAAGUGAUCCUGACUGGUUGAUCCAUCCUAACGAGGUUGUCUCGUACGAUAAGACUGCUUUCCAGCUGUUCAAGACAUAUCAGGAGAGUCGCCAGAAGGACCACAAGAAACUAGUUGAAGAGGCGGAGAAAUUCGGAAGACCCGCUCCGGAACCACUUUCCGAUACUCAGAUUCGUCAUGAUUACCAGAAGCUCUGGAAAGAGGUCGAUGCUUCGGAGCAAAGGUUGCACGAUUUUCUUGCCCACGUUCGUAUCUUCGAUAAGUGCUAUGUGCAAUCGCAGAAUAAAGCAAUUUAUCGUAACGACACGAGCUAUGUCAAAAGACAGCAGUAUUUCUUGAGCAAAAAUGUGGAUUAUCUCGCUGACCCAGACGAGGUGGUGGACGGCUCCAUAUAUCGUGACAAGACGCUGUGCUCACAGAUUGAAAGCAAAGUGUUCCCAUGGUUGACCAUGGAGUAUCCUGAAUUCACCCGUCACAACGGAGAGAAGGCAUACUUCCCUGGUAACAAUUAUAGAGUCCAUGAGAACAAAGGUUGCUUCCUCAACGAGUUCAAAAACCGCUUGAACGGAAAAGGAAUCGUGAUGACUUUCAAUGAUGAUCACGUCGACGACGCUAUUCGCCUCAUCAAGGUUCUUCGUUUCCUCGGUAACAGGUAUCCUAUCCAGAUCGUGUAUCACUCCAAACUCAAUGACUUAUCGAAAGCCCAUAUUGUGAAGGCUGCAAGAAUAAAGUAUGAUAAUUACCCAACCCAAGACCUUUGGUUUGUUGACGCUAGUCCUGCGAUCGAACCUCAGUUCAUUGGCAAAUUCAAUGGUUUUGCCAACAAGAUCAUGGCAACUUUAUUCAAUUCCUUCGAAGAAAUGGUUUUUCUCGACGCUGAUACAGUUUUGUUGCAGCAUCCAGACUUCCUAUUCAAGCUCAAAAAAUACAUCAACUCGGGCACCAUGUUCUACAAGGAUCGUUCCACCUUCAACUUCCGUGAAAGGGAAAAUUCCGUGCUUUUUCACAAGCUUAUGCCUUCACUUGAUGAUGGCUUUGUCUUCAAUAUCAACCAAAUCAAAAAUAAGACGUUGGAUAACGAGUUUUUCCUUGGUUUCGAGAACUACAUGGAGAGUGGUCUCGUUGUUAUCAACAAGAAAAAACAUUUUAUACAGCCCUUCAUGAUGUCUGUCUUGAACUUUUAUCAGCCCAUCACUGCUCGUCUUUAUGGUGAUAAAGAAUUGUUCUGGCUUUCGCUAGUUCUUGCUGGUGACGAAAACUAUGAAUUUGACGAUAACUUUGCCGCAGCUAUCGGUGAGAUGACUCCCGAAACCGAACGUCACAAAGAUAUCAAUCAGAUCAAGAGCUUCAAGUCAAAGGAGCUUUGCUCUUCCCACCCCAGUCACAUCAGUGACACUGAUAAUCAGACUCUUGUGUGGUUCAAUUCGGGUUUCAGAUUUUGCGGUAAUGUUGACAAGGGUGUCAAGUUUCAAGAAGAAUUCAACAGUAACAGACGUUUCACGAAGUACAAGACAGUACAGGAAUUUGAAACAUUCUUCAGAUCUAAGUUGAAGAUUUUGCAUGCUAUUAUUCCCCUUUCGACAGAAACCCACGAGCCUGAGGCUGCGUGGCAUAUGAUGAACUACUGCAAAAACUAUUUGUGGUGUGCCUACUCCUCUCUCGGAGGCUACUUCGAGGAGGAUGGAGAAACGAAGAGUAACCUAAUAGAGGGCACAGUGAUCAAAUUUUCAGACGAGCAGAUCAAACACAUCGAUGAAGUGGGCGAUGUGUGGAUGAUGGAAACAGAAUUGUAUUCAUCAGGUUAA